GGGCUGGGGACUUGCAGCCGCGCGUCGGCUGCUGAGGUGGGCGCUGUAGCCGCGGGGUCCGAGGACGCCUGCUAGCUGCCCGGUUCCCUGCGGGCCAGCUGUGCAAGCGCUGGACAAGCAGCAGCACCAGCAGCAGCAACAACAAUUCGAGUGCAGACGGCAGCAGCAGCCGCGACAGCAGUGACACCAUGGAUCUAUCCUUUAUGGCCGCGCAGCUGCCCAUGAUGGGAGGAGCCUUCAUGGACUCGCCCAAUGAGGACUUCGGCGCCGAGUACUCCCUCUUCAACUCCUCCACCAACAUCCACGCGGCCUCCAGCGGCCAGGGCCAGCCGGAGGAGCCUCCGCGGUCCUCCAACGAUGCCGUCUUGCUCUGGAUUGCCAUCAUAGCGACGCUGGGGAACAUUGUGGUGGUGGGGGUGGUGUACGCCUUCACCUUCUGAGGGACAGCUGGCCCCGCCGGGGCGCGGCAGGCGAGGCUCCAUACAGAGCCCGUCGCCGCGGGCCUCUGGCUGUGCCCACGUUCCCGAACCAAGAGUUCCGACCGCACGCCCGGCCUCUCCAGGGGCAGUGAGCACACAUCUGGAAUUUCCCCAAGCAGCCGCGAUUUUAAUGUUUCACACCGUGGCCCAGAUGAUCCAGAAAACGUGGGACCGUGAGCUCCCAGCGCCCAUAGCCAUGGCAGGCAAGGCCUUUGUGGAGCAGCGUGGGGAAGUCUUUAAACUGCUUCCCAAGAACAAGAAACCCCAGGGGACAGCCAGUUAGGUUCAAAAUGGAGACAUAGUUGGGCGAUCGCUUGCUGGCGGUAAAUAAUCACUUAGGAGUCUCGUUUUCAUGCAGACGCAUCAUGCCCAGGAUGUGGGGUGCAGGGCAGGAGCCCCCUCAGAACUUGAGCAUUCCACCCCAACCUUGGCCCCCGGGAAUGUUGGUGGUGGUCACCGAAGGGCUAUCGAACAUUCCUCAUUCAGCUUGCAAGUGGCACCUCUGUUGCCAGAAGCCUGGCGCCUUCUGAGACCCAAACGCAUCAGGAAACCCAAGGACGGGGAGAUGAGCGGCGACGCGGCGGAUUUCUGGGUGGCGCUUUCCCUUCUUCUUAACAAGCAGAGAAGCCGCCUCUAACAACGAGAUCCGUCCGUUAGCUCUUCCGGCCCCCGACGUGAGGACUCUCUUCGUCCCCUGAGAAAUCAGAGAUGAAUAAGGCUCUGUCCGCCGGUCAUUGGGUGGACCCGUGGGAGGGGGUGCGGUUGGCCUGUGGUCACCAGCCUCGGUCGUGGCGGGGCCCGGUCAGGAGGCGCGUUUCCUGGCUCCACUCCGGCCCUCUCUCGGCCCGCUCUCGAGCCAUGUUUUCCCACCUCAGCUGCCCUCAGGGGCAGUAGCCAGAGGGUCCUGAACUGUGUGCAAAGUGGGUGGGGCACUAUUGUCAGACCUCCACACUAUAAACUCAGUUUGGUUACGCGUGUGGUCUGUCACAGGUGUGCAUGUACCUGCCCAAGUCCGUUCCCAACAUUCUUAGAAGUCAGUGGCUGGGGCCUGGCAGACAGGGAGCCCCCCACCCCGUGACAACGGGAGCGUGAUGGGACAUGCCGGGGGGCAGUGUGGGAAAGGGCUCAUUUCUCCUCUGACUUUAGGAAAGGUCACUGCGCAGGACCCCCUUCCGGAGGCAGCCGCCCUGUGCGACAAAGCUGGAGCAGGGGACUCCCUCCCCUACAGGCCGGGCGGCUGUCUCCUCGCUUUCCCUCUGCGCUGUACCAAACAACAUAAAUGGCACGGGCUCCCCCUCUGAAGUCGAGAAGCCCUUAGCGCGCGUGGGCACAGCUGUACAAAGGCUGCGUUGGCCACCGUGGUCUCGGGAGAGGUGAGUGCUCUGCAUGGCUAGCAAGGGGGCAUCGU